CUUUGCUUCGAACAAGUUUUUUUAUUUACCAUCAGAGCACAUUCCAACGCAAUGGGCCAGAAGACUUCAGUGCUGAAGGUGAAGGCUGUGGCGGAGGUGCCGGCCGGCCGCCCCGUCGUGGACACCCUGACCCUCUCGUACAGCACGAGAGGCUGCUGGGGGCGGGGAAGGCGACGGCUGGCACGAUUCACCUUCCCACACCGGGGCUGGGUGAGCAGCCUUGGCCCACAGGUCUGCAGGGCCAAGGAGCAGCCGCUCCUGCCCCUCGCCAAGCUGCAGAAGAAGGACGCCAGCACGAUCAUCAAGGUGAAGUGCACCUUCCGCGGGGCGCCCGUACUCGCGGCCACCAUGCCGCUCGCCCGUCUGUUGGCCCUGGGGGAGGGAACUGCGGGGGGGGACGCAGCCCUCCUCUCCUUCAAGCUGGCAGGCGGCGAGAACAUGGCGGUGCAGCGAGGGGCCGCCUACACCGCCUUGUCGUGCAACGGGAGGUUGUGCGGCAAUGGUGGUAGCGCGGGGGGGAACGGCGGCCAGGGGGACGCCGAGUGUCUCAGCCACAGGGAGGGUGGCUGGGGCACGCCGGCCAGCCCUGGUCAGCAGCAGCUUCGGGGGGAUGAGGAAACGUUAGGCCCUGCGCAGCCAAAGGCCACCGAGGGUCAGCAGUGUCCUGGCCGCGCAGGUCACCGUGAGGGUGAUGACCUGCCGGCACAGAGAGGGGGCCCAGCCGCCGCCUUGACCCACAGGCAGCUGACAGCCGUCGAGCUGUGGUGCCCCGUAUGGAAGACACCGACCCGCGCCAAGGAUUCCGGGACCAACACGCGCCCACAUUCACCCAGCACCCCGGCCUUCCCGGCAGAGCCUCAGCCUGCCGUGAUAACCCUUCCAGACUGCGCCCAGACGUUCACAGUACCGCGCGUCUACCGCAAAGACCCUUCUGCCAGCGCUCAGGACCCUGCUGUGCCAGAGGUUGACUUGGGGGAGUCAUCCACUCUGGCACUCUACUACGCCCUGAACAGGACUGAGCCUCAGCCGUACGUUGGGCAGGACUCGUCACCGCCAGUGAUGGACUUUGGGGAGUCAGUAUCACUGGAAUUCUACGAGCCAGCGCCUUUCGUCGAGGUCCCACCGUCCAGCGCCCACGUCCCUGAGCCGGAGCCGUACGUUGGGCAGGACUCGUCACCGCCAGUGAUGGACUUUGGGGAGUCAGUAUCACUGGAAUUCUACGAGCCAGCGCCUUUCGUCGAGAUCCCACUGUGUAGCGAACAUGACGAUGAGCCGGAGCCGUGCGUUAGGCAGGACUCGUCACCGCAAGUGAUUGACUUUGGGGAGUCAGUAUCACUGGAAAUCUACGACCCAUCGCCUUUCGUCCCUGAGCUAGAGCCAGCGCCGCCCCAGGAGCAGUGGCCCCUGGGGAUAGGGAGCCCCUGGGUGGACGCCUUAAUGAACGGCAUGGUAUUCUUUCUUCCACUCACCGUGCUCACCUUCCUGCUGCUCUUCGAGGACCGCUUACAAAGCUGGGCCUGGCAGUGACGCAGUACAGUCACAGGAGCCGCCAGGAGCCACGCCCUCCUGUAUUUCUCAACAACCCAAUACCGGGGUGGGGGGCGUCCUGUCUUCUUCCUGGCGGCUCUCUCUUCACCACCUUCAUAUCACGCCACCCCCGUUGAGCGGCACAUUCUGAGGUGACCGCCGCUCGCAUGCCCUUCCUUACUCGUCACCGGGGUGGAUGAAGGUGCUGUUUUUCUUACUUU